AAUGAUUGAAUCCAGUGAUUUAAAAAAUGUGCUGGCAAAUUUGGGAAUCAAGCUCAGUGAACAAGAACAGUCCAUGCUGUCAAAAAGUCUGCCUGUCAGUGCAGAUGGAAAGAUACAUAAGAAAAUACUGCUGGAUAAUAUAAAUGCUCUUCAAGGGAAAAAAACCCAUGUCAGUAAGCUGGAAACUCUUAUGGAGGACAUGGAAAUUGAACUUGAGAAAGAGGAAUUUGAGGAACUAUUGAGCCACCUGCCAGUUGAUGAAAAUGAAAUGGUUGAUUUAAAUGUGGUGAUGGAUGAAGCAAAAACUUACUCAGGAGACAAGGUUGAUGUCCAUAACCUGGACACUGUGCUGAGUGAGAUGGGGCUGGUCCUCACUGCUGAUGAGCACAGGCAGCUGCUGGAGUCUCUGCCCGUUCGCCCUGAUGGCAAGAUACGUAAGACUAGAUUGCUAAAAGGUGUGAAGGCCCUCAAAGGCCCACGAGUCAAAACCAAAAAAAUUGAAUCACUCUUGGAAAGCAUGGGAAUUCAAAUCACAAAUGGAAAACUCCAGGAAUUAAUUACUCAACUCACAACUGGUGGUGAUAAGACAGUUGACCUGCAAGAACUAAUGGACGCUAUCAGUUAUAUCAAGGGAGAAGUGAUUGACAUCGAGAAUUUAGACAACUUUCUAGCAAGUGAGGGGAAUAAACUCACAGAAGAAGAAAUGAAGGAAUUGUUGCCUCAUUUGACAUUUAAAGGAAAUAGAAAGGUUACUGUGCAGUCAAUUUUGGAUGGCCUGAAGAAGAUUAAAUACAGAGACACUGACGCCAUGCAAGUCUCAGAACUUAAAUCAAAAUUUAAGCUGAAUCCUCUAACGAAAGUACCUCUCUCCCAUAGUAAAAGGCAUAAAGAUUUUCCAAGAUCUCUUCAAUGCCAGUCACAAUACAGAGAGAAGUUGAGCCCUUCACAACUAGAAGCCUUCCAACAUGCCUACAACUUCUUCAACAAGGAUAAAACUGGCAAUAUUGAUUUACAUGGACUGAUGUGUACUCUAGCCAAGCUGGGAAUGACUCUAACCAAGCGUGAUUUGUACAAUGAAUUAAAAUGCGCUGAUUUUGAUGGAGAUGGGAAGGUGAGCUUCUCAGAUUUCAUAAAGGUGCUAACAGAUAAGAACCGCUUCCUGAAAGCUGUGGUUCCAGAAAAGGGAGUCUGCUCAGAUUUUGCUAACAACCCAGGAAUACUAUUGUUUGAAAUCCUAUCAAAGCUUGUAGAAACUUCAGCCUUACCCCGAAAGGCUAUCAUGGAAAUAGUAAGCUAUUUUCGAAGAAAAUUCCAAGAUACUGGCACAGGAAUCUGGUGGAAUCCCUAUACGAUGGGUUAUGGAAAAAGGAGAUUCAGGCCAGACAUCUGCACACCUCUGAGCUCAAGCACAGCAGCCUUUGCUAAUGCCGCCCGGAUGGCAAUAAUGAAAGAAAAGGAUUUAUUUAAAUUUCUUGAAGAGCUCAAGAGAUGCAACUUCCCUUCGGAUAGCCCAUAUUCAAAAAUACCCAUCUUUCCACUGUUUCCCAACGUGGACGGGUUCGUGAUGGGAAAGCCAUUCAAAGACAUACAGAAAUUAGAAAUGCUAAGGAGAAAAGAGCCUCUGAACUUCUUUGAGAACUAUUUUUUUCAUAAAAGAGACUGGAAAACACAGGCAGCCAACAUAAAGCCCAUUGACCCUGCCUCGGGCUACCCAAGCGACAUCCUCGACAUUGAUCAAAUGUUCAAGAGAAAGCAGACGUGGAACGUGGCUGAUGCCGCUGCUAUUAAACAGCACGUGAAGAGAGCUACUGAUAACUACAACUUAGGAAUUGCCCUUGAGCACAGAAAGGAAAUGUUAAACCUCUGGCGGAAGAUCCGAGGGGAUCUGGUUGGAAUAGAGACUAAUAAUGAAUCCUUUUAUGACACCUUCUCUACUUACACAUGGUCCUGGAAUGUUUGCCAGGAGUUGCUUUCUCCUAAGGACCUACGGUUACAUGAUGCCUACGUCAACAGAACCUCCUUUCGCCACUCUGGCUCCUUCUCCUCGACAGAUAUCAGUGAACGUGACCCAGAGACAGGAAGAAAAAGAAAAAGGAAAAGUUUCAAGGGAUUUCCACAAUGAAAUUUCUACAUUUUCUAGACAGUUCAUCGUAAACUACUUUUUCAUAGUUAUCAAAAUUAUGCUUUCUUGAUUUUGUCUAGUGCAUUCUUUGCAGCUGAGAAUUUUGACAUCAUUUGGAUUCUGAUCAGUAAAAAAAAAUAA